GGACAUGCGGAGUGCUGCAGCUGGACUGUUGCCUUCAGUUGUGUGACUAACUGAAGGUGUUUCGCUGUCUGGACAAGCAGCUCUUCAUUAGACAGACGAGAAAAAGAGAAGCUGCCGUUUCCAGUCACACAAUAAAAUGAAGGGAAGUGUCUGGCUAUCCAGCAGUGAACAUACAUGUAAAUAAACUGACCUCAGAAGAGACGAAUAAUGAACAGUGAUGUGUGAGGCGCUGUGCAGAUCAGCAGUUGUUCUGUUGGUUGUGUGCUGCUGUUGUUCAGUUUCAAUUAACCGCACAAGGAUAAUAAUUCUUUGCAUUUAUAUAACGCUUUUCUCACUACUCAAAGAGCUCAGUAAUUGCAGGUUAAGGGCCUUGCUCAAGGGCCCAACAGAGCAGAGUCUCUUUUGGCAUUUAUGGGAUUCGAACCGGCAACCUUCCGAUUGUCAGUGCAGAUCCCUAGCCUCUGAGCCACCACUCCGCCAAGGACAGAACCAGAAAAGAGCUCCAGCUUUUACAAACUGUAACGAUAACCAGCUCAACAGUAGGAUAUUAGCCAGCUUGAGUGAAGAACACAGUUUGUGUUCAGCGUGAUUGGGGGGGGCCUACAUUUUGUAUAAGGUGGGCUAACAAAGCCCUUUCAAUCCUGACGUUCACCCAUCUGUAACCUUACAGACUGCUUGUAUCUGUAAGUGCUGUUCCUUGGUAAAGACCCUGUAAUUCUUUGAGAGGUAAGGGCAAAAACUUGGGAAGUCAAAAGUCCAGUCCUGACACUGCUGGACUUGGGCAUUCUUUUGUUUCUAAUAAUUGGAACUGUUAGCUGUACUCAGUAAAGACAAACUUACUAGGCAUCUUUUGGGGUCAUAUCCUUUGUCAGUGGGAGGAACUAAAGUAGUGUGCUGAGGGAAGGACCCCCAUAAAGGUAACUGCAACAUUUAGGUGUGAGCACCCCUUGGGAGAAUCUGACACAACACAGGACUCUCCUUUCCAUGUAUGCUAUGGAGAGCAAUAUAAAUAUGGACAUUAAGGAAGAAGACUGCAAAUGGGAAUCUGUGCAACAACAGAUGACAAGUUAUGGCCAUGACAAUGAGGAGGAUUAUAAAUUGAGACUAAUAAUCAUUAAAGAAGAGCCCGACCCAGCACCUGAUACAAGAGAUUUUCAAAAAAGCACAAUUCUAAGACACAUCAAGACAGAAAAUAUUAAAUCAGAGUCUGUCUCUCAGCAUCCGAGUCCAGAUGAAGGGCUAGCUGGACCAGACGUCACAGAAAGUAGAUCUCGGUCCUUCCAGAAUCAUUCUGUCCAAGUGAAGACCGAACCUUUAGAUUCUACCAUGAGGGAGACUGAGAAUGCAGCAUGUUCAGCGUAUUCAGGAGAAGAUUUACAAGAAAGUGAUACAAUCUCCCCAUCUUCAUUUCCUGAUACCUCUCUUCACUGUAGACCACAGCAAAAUGAAAACAUGAAAACUGGAUCAGAGAUUGCUUCCUUGGUAUGUAGUUCUGUGCCUGGUGUGAAAUUAACAACUGUAAGUGUAAUCAGCAUUCAACAACAGGAGAAUGGUACAAACUCAGCAGGUGUGUAUGCCUGCCAUGAACAGAGGAAUUCUUUUAAACUAAAAUCAAGAUCCAAACCCAACUGGGCUCAAACACGACAGAAGCCAAACUGUUCUGAGUGUGGAAAACAAUUUUUUAGUAGGAGCAGCCUUCAGAGACAUAAAAGAAUACACACUGGAGAGAAGCCAUAUUGCUGUUAUGAGUGUGGGAAACAAUUCGCCACAAGUAGUCAUCUUCAGAUCCACACAAGGAUUCAUACUGGAGAGAAGCCAUAUAGCUGUUCAGAAUGUGGGAAACAAUUCACCACCAAAAGAAGUCUUCAGACUCACUCAAGAAUUCACACUGGAGAGAAGCCAUAUUCCUGUUCUGAAUGUGACAAGCGAUUCACCACCAGUUAUACUCUUCAGAUCCAUUCAAGAAAACACACUGGAGAGAAACCAUAUUGCUGUUCUGAAUGUGACAAGCGAUUCUUUGAAAGUAGCCAUCUUCAAAUUCACACAAGAAUUCACUCUGUGGAAAAGCCAUAUUCCUGUUCUGAAUGUAACAAACAGUUCACCAUCAGAAGAAGUCUUGAGAACCACUCAAGAAUUCACACGGGAGAAAAGCCAUAUUGCUGUUUUGAAUGUGGCAAGCGAUUCACUACUAGUUAUACUCUUCAGAUCCAUUCAAGAAAGCAUACUGGAGAGAAGCCAUAUUGUUGUUUAGACUGUGGCAAGCGAUUCUCAAGGAGUAGUACUCUUCAGAUCCAUUCAAGAAUGCACACUGGAGAGAAACCAUAUUGCUGUUCAGAGUGUGGUAAACGAUUCUCUGCUAAUAGCAGUUUUCAGAGACAUAAAAGAAUUCACAGUGGAGUGAGGCCAUAUUGCUGUUCUGAAUGUGGUAAACAAUUUUCUGACAAAAGCAAUCUUCAGAGUCACACAAGAAUUCACACCGGAGAGCGGCCAUAUUGCUGUUCAGAAUGCGGUAAACAAUUCUCUGACAAAGGCAGUUUUCAAACUCAUAUAAGAAUUCACAGAGGAGAAAUGCCAUAUUGCUGUUCUGAAUGUGGCAAAGGAUUUCCCACCAAUGGCAAGCUUCAGAUUCAUUCAAGAGUACACACUGGAGAGAAGCCAUAUUGCUGUUCUGACUGUGGGAAACGAUUCUUUACCAACAGCUAUCUUCAGAUGCACUCAAGAAAUCACAGUGAACAAAAGCCGUAUUGCUGCUCUCACUGUAGCAAACAAUUCACACGAAGAUGCCAUCUUUUGGUCCACAUACGAAUUCACAGUGGAGAGAAGCCAUAUUGCUGUUCUGACUGUGGGAAACGAUUUUCCACUAUCAGCAAUCUUAAUACCCACACAAGAAUUCACACUGGAGAGAAGCCAUAUUGUUGUUCUGAAUGUGGAAAACGAUUUUCACAAAGAGGCCAACUUCAGGUUCACACAAGAAUUCACAAUGGAUAUAUAGAAAAAGACCUGAACAUGGAGAAACUGUCUGAUAGCUAUACUUUCCUGUUCUGUCCACAGAGGAUAAAAAGAAGUUACCAUUUACAGUACAAGAUGUUCACGAGUAACAUGGAGAAAAGACAUGGGAACAUUAAGGAAGAGGAGUGUGGGUGGGUAUUUGUGCAGCAUCAGCAGGAGGGCACCAGUAUUAAAAAGGAGGAGGAAGAGGAUUGUGAAUGGAUGCCAAUAAGCUAUCAAGAAGACUAUGAGCCAACAUCUGAUAAAACUGAGCUGGAGAAAAAUAACAUAGUGAACUGCGUGGAUGAAGAAAACCUUAAAUCGGAGUUCCAGCAUGUGUUUCCAUAUGAUGAAAAGGUAACUGGAAAAAGCCUCCGGUCAAGCAGUCACUGCUCUCCACAGCAUCACUCUGUCCAUAUCAAGUCUGAAUCAGUGGAGUCUGAUGUGAAGAAGAAUGAGAAAGCAUCUUGUUCAAGACUUUUGGGAGAAGACUUGCAAGAAAGUGGUACCUUCUCCUUAUCUUCAUUUCCUCAGACCUCUCUUCAGUGUGGAAAACAGCAGACACAAGAAAAAGAAAAUAGGAAGAUAUCGCCAUCUAGAUCAGAGAUUUUGACACCAACCGCUGUGCAUGGUCAUUCACUGCCUGUUGUGAAACUAACAAGAAUACAUGAAAUAAACACAGGACAACAGAUGCACAAUACAAAUACAGCUGUUUCAUCUGUCUGCCAAGGGCAGAAGUUUAAACGGAAAUACAAUACAAAAAAGAAGACUUAUUGCUGUUCUGAAUGUGGGAAACAAUUUUCUAAGAGUAGCUAUCUUUAUAUUCAUACAAGAAUUCACACUGGAGAGAAGCCGUAUUGCUGUCCCGAAUGUGGGAAAAGGUUCUCUACUAGUAGUAAUUUUCAUAAACACAAACAAAUUCACACUGGAGAGAAGCCAUAUUCCUGUUCUGAAUGUGGUAAACGAUUCCUGCAAAUUGGCCAUCUUCAGAGACACAAAAGAAUUCACACUGGUGAGAAGCCAUAUUGCUGUUCUGAAUGCCCCAAGCGGUUCUUCACGAGUAGUGAUCUUCAGAAACACACAGGAAUCCACACGGGAGACACUCCAUAUUGUUGUUCAGAAUGUGGGAAACGAUUCUUGCAGCACAGCAAACUUCAAACUCACGUAAGAAUUCACACGGGAGAGAAGCCAUAUUGCUGCUCUGAAUGUGGCCGGCGAUUUUUGCAAAUGGGUCAUCUUCAGACUCAUACAAAAAUUCACACCGGGGAGAAACCAUAUUGUUGUUGUGAAUGUGGGAAGCGAUACUCCACCAAUAGUCGCCUUCAAAUACACACACGUGCUCACACUGGAGAGAAGCCAUACUGCUGUUCUGAGUGUGGCAAGCGAUUCUUUCGCAGUAGCCAUCUUCGAACUCAUACAAGAAUUCACACCGGAGAAAAGCCAUAUUCCUGUUCUGAAUGUGGCAAACGAUUCUUACAACUGACCCAUCUUCAGACCCACACAAGAAUUCACACUGGAGAGAAGCCAUAUUGCUGUACUGAAUGUGGCAAAGGAUUUGUUGACCGUGGUGACCUUCAGAAACAUAUAAGGAUUCACACUGGCGAGAAGCCAUACAGCUGUACUGAAUGUGGCAAGCGAUUUGCCAUCAGUAGUCAACUUCAGAUUCAUUCCAGAAUUCACACUGGAGAGAAGCCAUACUGCUGUUCUGAAUGUGGGAAACAGUUUUCACGCAGUAGCCAUCUUCAGAUUCACACAAGAAUUCACACUGGAGAGAAGCCAUACAGCUGUUCCGAGUGUGGCAAACGGUUCACUACCACUGGUGGUCUCCGUGUCCAUAGAAGAAGUCAUACUGGAGAAAAGCCGUAUCACUGUUCUGAAUGUGGCAAACAGUUUUCUACCACUAGCAAUCUUCACAAACAUACCAAAAUAUGUAGUGGGAAAUCUACUGACAGUGGAACAAAAUAACCAAUUGUGCCCGCUGUUUAUUUUUUUUAUCAGCACAAGUUAUCAAAAGCAACUUCCAGGCCUACCUUGAUGUUCUGUUAAUUACCAUAAUGUAUGAGCUGCAAAAAGACUCAUUACUAUAGAAAAUGUACAGUUGAAGUCAGAAAUGUAUAUACACUUAGGCUGAAUUCUUUAAAACUCACUUUAUCAAACCUUCACAGAUUUUAUACAAUCAAACUAUAAAUUUGCAAUAUCAUUUAACACAUGCAGAGCAAAAGUAAUUGUUUUCCAACCAUGUUCACAGACCUCCGAGUAUAUCUCGUUUGAUUAACCAUAUCACCGUUCCAGUAGGUCACAACUUUGUUGAUAUUUGGUAGGAUUGCCUUUAAAUUGUUUAACUCGAGCCAAACAUGUUGGGUUGCCUUCCACAAGCUUCUUACAAUAAGUUGCUGGAAUGUUGGCCCAUUUCUUCAAACAGAGCUGUUGUCUAAUACCUUGACCUUGUUGUCGUUAAGCCAUUUUACCAGAACUUUGUAGGUCUGCUUGGGGUCAUUGUCCAUUUGGAAGGCACAUUUGUGACUGAGCUUCAUCUUCCUCGCUGAGCUCUUUCAGAUGUUGCUGCAGUACAUCUCUGUCAUUUUCCUUCCUCAUUGUACCAUCUGAGGUCCCUCCUGCAGCAUAGCACCCCUACAACAUGAUGCUCCCACUGCCAUGCUUGAUGGUUGGGAUGGUGUUCUUUGGCUUGCAAGCCUCACCCUUUUUCUUCCAAACAUAAUGACGGUCAUUAUGGUCAAACAGUUCAUUCUUGGAUUCAUCAGACCAGAGGACAUUUCUCCAGAAGGUAAGAUCUUUGUCUCCAUGUCUGUCUUUUAUAGCGGCUUUGAUGCAGUGACUUUACUUCCUUGAUGAGCAGCCUUUCAGGUUAUGUCAAGAUAGGAUUGGUUUUACUUUGGAUAGAGAUACUUGUCUACCUGUUUCCUCCGGCAUCUCCACAAGGUUCUUUUCUGUUGUUCUGGGAUUGACUUGCACUUUUCCCACCAAACUGCCGUUCUUCUCUAGGAGACAGAAUGCACCUCCUUCUUGAGUGAUAUGACGAUUGUGUACUCCCAAGGUGUUUAUACUUGUGUAUUAUUGUUUGUAUAGAUUAACGUGGAGCCAUCAGGUAGUUUCGAAAUUGAUCCCAAAGAUUAACAAGAUUCGUGGAGGUCUGUGAACCUUGUUGGAAAAAGUUACUUUUGCCCCACACAAAGUAGAUGUCUUAAACGAUAUGCCAGCUUUCUCAUUUGUUAGUAUAAAAUCUGUGGAGGGGUUAUAAAGUGAAUUUUAAAGAAUUCACCCUAAGUGUAUGGAAACGUGUGUAGAUACUGCACAGGACCCUUGCAGUAAAUAUAAUAUUCUGUACAUGUGACAAUAAUGACCCAAUACACCUAUAUAAUAAGAAAUAAGAGUAUCAUGGCAGAUGAGUGAGGUUCAUACCUGUCAUGAUGUUAACAAUGUGACUAGCUGAGCCCUAGUUUCUUAAUAAAGCUUAAAGGACAACAGAGAAGAAGUUGAUAAACUCUCAGUAGUUAAGAAUAUACUGGCUACUUUGCAAA